UGUCACUCUCUCAAUCUCUCUCUCUCUUCAAACAAACUCCCAUUCCUCCCUCCCUUUCUUAGCAGCUGUAACACGGACACACACACACUUCUGCUCUUAUUCUCCAGUAAACAUGCUGCAGAAACUCCGAGAUCAGAUCAAGAAACAUCCUGGACUCAUCCCACAGUUUUUCUUCAUCUGUCUGGGCAUGGGUGGAGCCUUCCUUUAUUUGUUUCGUCUUGCCAGAGGACCUCAUGUCACCUGGAACAAGAGCAGUAACCCUGAGCCCUGGAACCAGCUCAGUCCGAGCUACCAAUACAAGUUUGUGGCCAUUAACACAGACUAUAAAAACCUGAAGAAGGAAGGACCAGACUUCUGAAAGCAUCAUGGUUGUUGGCUCAACUUUCAUCAUGAGAUGCCCUUGUACCUCACGUGCAAAUACAAACAAUUAUUUUUUUUUAAUCUAAUAAUGAGUAAAAUAAAACAAAUGUAGGGUGAUUUGCGAAGAAGACCCAUUUAAAACUUGUUUAAGAGAAAUUACACUUUUAUAUCUUCACAAAACUUGCUGAUAGAAGUACUAAUUAGCUUGAGAUUAAUUCACUGAAAAAAAUGACUAGACUAGUGUUACUUUUAUUUAUGUGCAUUAGACAUUAAGCUUUACAGAGACCCCCAAAAUUGCAGAGAUAACAUGACCUCCCUCAAGUGAGCAUGAGAAAGGGCAAAAGGAAGACGAGCAGAUGUUUGUCUUUCUGUAAACAGAACCUGAAGAGCAGAGACUCAUGGGAAGGAGAUUGAGGUCCUCAGGCCCGCCCUUGAAGUCUGUGAUUAUUUGGACAAGCAGCAUCUGUUCAGAGUGACAAACUGAUACUCUCAAUCAAGGAGAACAACACGCAUGUUUCUCUCACUAUCUUUCUAUCUGCACUUUUUUUUAAUCAAAAUUUUUAUCAUCACUGCCAUCCAACCAUCUUACAACACACGUUCUCCUCGCUGAGUUGGCAAACCGUACAAACAAACACAGGAAAUAGGCAGUCAUUAGACUUACAGUGUUUACUCUUCAGACCCCCAGAGAUUUUAAAAGAACACAUAUAAAGAUGCAAACAUUUUAUGCAUGUCCUUAGCUACUGACAAAAAUCCCAUAAACUGGGAAUGAACUAAGGAGGUUUGUUUUGUUUGAUUUCCAGUGACUCAACAGACAGAUUCUCUUCUCUUAAACUGACUAAACUCAUGUCACAGUGUGCGUAGUAUUGAUAAUAAUUUAGUAACAUGCAAUAAACCAAACUGUAAAAUGAUUUUAAAUUACAAUACUGUGAAGGUAAAAUGCACUUCAAAAACUGACAAUGGACGCAGAGCUUUAUUUACACCAGUGAAUUGAGUUACUGUGAUGAAUUGAGGGGGUCUGAUGACCAAACUCUACACGAUAUGAAAUACAAGAUUUUUACAUUUUAAUGGAAGUUUGAGCAAAACGUGCCAUCAGAGGCUUCUGUACAUAGCAGGGAAGGCUAAAAUUUAGAGAAUUUGGUCCCUUUUUUGUUCAUGAGAAAUACUGAUUUGAAUUAGAAUCAUGUUCAUGCACAUAUUUUGUUAAUUUAACUUUAAACAUUUCAAUUCAUGAACAAUUAGGAAACAUUUUGGAGAAAAAAACAUACAUAAAAUAUAGGAUAAUCAUAAAAACUAUGGAUGCACCGAAUAUUCGGCCACCGAAAAUUGACCCAAAAGUGCAUUUUCGGUCGAAAGACUUUUAUCACUGAAACAAUACGGCCGAAAUGUUGUGAUGACGCAAACAGAAACCGCGAGAUCAGCUCCCCUGAUGCAUCUGUAGCAGACGUUAUUCCUUUAAUCGCAGCACUAAAGCAUUGCAAUGUGCUAAAUAAAUAUUUGCAUAAUUUACAAUUGAUUUAUUCUUUGAAACUUUAAUAUUAAUUUAUGCAAUUGCAAUGCCUUGAUUUUAGUAAAGUUAGUACACAGUCAUAGCCAUAAAUGCAAUGGUACUAACAAUUGGCAUAAUUUCUUUCGGUUUCCGGUUUUCGGCCUUGGUUUCCUCUUUUUCGGUUUUUGGUUUUGGCCAAGAAUUUUCAUUUCGGUGCAUCCCUAAUAAAACAUUUAUUUAUUGACUUUUACCUACAGAUAUAGGCCUUUUUUACCAUGGUGUUUGCCACAGUAAUUAUGCAUUUACUGCUCUAAGUGGUGCUGUAAUGGGUGAUGCCCUGGUUCACACACUGUGAGACAAAAUAUAUUCAGUUUCACAUUGCUGGUUUGCAUAGAGUUCAGUGUUUGUAUUCCCUGUACAUUUUGAUACAGUUUGAGCAAUAUAGCCUAUAUUCUGUUUUGUGCAAAAUGAAUAAAGAGCACUUCUGCAAAAAAA